AUGGAAGAUAAUGAUGGAGAAUGGGAAAUGACUGUAGAUAGAAGGGAAUACGUGGACCGAUAUCCCAACAACGCAAAGAGUUGCAUGGAAUCAGAUAAGGAAGCCCUUCUCAAGUUGAAAGAUGGUUUCAUUGAUGACUCGGGAACUCUAUCGCCAUGGGAACAUGAAGUUGAUUGCUGCAAAUGGAGUGGGAUUUCAUGCAAUCAUUCAACUGGCUAUGUUAUCAUGUUCGAUCUUCAUAACUAUUAUUUAAAAGGUGACAUCGAUUCUUCAUUGUGUGAUUUGAGGCAUCUAGUUCUCUUGAAUCUUGAUUUCAACCAAUUUGAUGGAAGCAAAAUUCCGAAGUGCAUUGAUUCUCUUGAUUAUUGA